CAAGCUUUGGGUUUGCACUCUGUCUCAGCAAUUUCCUCACCAUUGCAUUGGACAACAAUCGUUGCGUCUAUUUCCCCAGCGAUGGGGAAAGUCUGAUCUGCGUUCGUGGCAUGCGCAAAAAAUAUUGGAACCCAGGGGAAACACACUGUUGCAAAGAUUGUUCCAUUUAUCCUGAAGCAAAAUGUCUAAGUAAAUCGUAAACCUUAUCUGGCCUGGACGACGACGAAGAUAGAGAUGAUAAUGGAGAAUAAAACAAGGGAAGUAGUUCAUAUAGCAGGAUUGGGACAGGAGUUGUUCUACCUUUUGCUUGUGACCGGCAUCUACGAGGUAAUUCUCCUCCUCGUUGAGGUCGUGUUAUUGCCAAUGAGAAAAGAGUGCAUGGAGCUGGGGGGAACAUGUCAACCUCCAGGACAAAUCGAUCCUGACGUACAGGAAGAGAAUACCAGGGUGAAAGAACUCGUCAGAACACGGGCCACGUACCAAGACGCUCUCGUGGUGGAGAACUUUGCCAAAAUGUACGGAAACUUUACUGCAGUGGCGGACGUUAGCUUUGGCGUCCAUCACGGCGAAUGUUUCGGUUUGUUGGGUGUCAAUGGAGCAGGCAAAACGACGACGUUCCGCAUGCUCACGGGGGACGAAAGAAAGACAAGUGGUAACGCUUACAUUUCAGGUAGUAACUUGGCAAAUUCAGGCCGAGAGUUUUACUCCCGGAUCGGGUACUGUCCCCAAUUUGACGGCAUUAUCGGGGUCCUCAGUGGACUCGAGAUGGUCUCUCUUUUCGCCCGCUUGAGAGGGGUCAAACAGGUCAAGAAAGAGUGUGCCGAGUGGAUGGACCGAGUAGGGCUGAGCGAUAGUAAGGACGUUCAGUGUCGAAACUACUCGGGAGGAAUGAAGCGGCGACUGAGUGCGGCUAUGGCGUUGGUUGGAGACCCUGACAUCGUUUUACUCGACGAACCGACAAGCGGCGUUGAUCCCGUGAGUCGGAGAGAAUUCUGGAAAAUUAUCAUGGCCACGAAAGCCUCUGGAAGAGCUAUCAUUCUCACAUCGCACAGCAUGGACGAAAUUGAGGCGUGCUGCUCCAGGUUAGGUAUCAUGGUCAACGGUCGUCUCCAAUGUCUCGGAGGCGUGCAAUAUCUAAAAUCCAAGUUCGCCCAGGGCUUCACCUUAUCCAUCACCUUGACUCAAGAAGCACUCACGCUUAACGAAGAGAUAGAUGGGCUAAAUCUCGAAAUUUUGGAAAAGUUCGAUCCUUGCAUGCUCAAAGAUAGACAUGCGACGGCAUUGGAGUACCACAUACAAAACGCGACUCUCCUUUGGGACGUUCUGUUUGGCAAGAUGGAGGAGGUGAAGGUCAAGUACGAAAAGCUCAUCGCGGAGUACUCCAUCACGGAAACAACUUUGGAGCAGGUUUUCAUCACUCUUGCGCGAAUGCAGCGUCCAGGUCGAGACGUGGCGCCCAGUGUGUGAUAUAAGUGCUGAUGAUGCCUAGGCUCGAAACUAUUUAGUACAUACUAACGCAAAAUAAUUUGAGAUGAUGGGAUACCAAAAACUUACAGUAUGUGAUGAAAACAAUUGGAUGUUUGAGACAAAAAAAAGUUGUUGAACAGAUUCAACUUUAGCCUGUUUAUUGCAAUUCUAAUUUGCAAAAUUUACAUGACACACAGCUUAUUCAAUAAAAAUAAAACACAGCCUGCUAAAAUGGCACAAAUACAAAUAAGCAUGCAGACUAGGAAAGAAUUGUUUUCCCUCUUUUCUUGUUCCACCGCCCACAAAUUUUUGCAAACAUAAUAAUUUUCAUCUCGUAAUCUUGAAUACAUUCCGACAACUCCCCCGACUGUCGACCCCCGAAUUCUCAUUCGCCGAAUUCUACAUCCGAACUCUACCUUCAAACUCGGCCUCCCAGGGCGAAGAUUCAAAUCCAUUUAGAAAGUCAUCGUAAGCUAUUUUCAGCCAGAUGGGCGUUAAUCUUCUCCGGGACUAAGUGACCUAGCUUAUCGGCAAGAUGUGAUGACGCUGAGGAAUCUGGGAAAAUGUUACACACACAGAAUUCUCCAGGAAUCGAAGCACUCUCACAGGUCCGGUUUUCCGGUGUGUCACUUUUAAAGAAGGAAUGACCACGGCGAGCAGUACGAGGAGACGAUGCUAACGAUGGAUCAAUCAUGUUAAGAAGGUGGGCCAGGCUUGCAUAAAUGUCAAAGGGUGUCGUCAGCCGAGCCGAGUUUGUCUCAACCGAGGAAUGCCAUUCAGGGAAGCGUGCCUUCAAACUGACAGGCAGUCGGAGGAAGAAGAAUGGGAGGGAAUCUUCGUAUUGACCGUGAAAUGUUUGACGAAAGGGUCCGAAGCUAUUUCCGUGGUUCGAGAUGAAAAAUAUUAUGGCGUCCCUACCCACGCGUGAGGAGAUAAUGUUAUCGAGGAAGG